AUGAUCAUUGGUUCACUCAAUGUUAGAGGAUGUGGAAGCCUGGUGAAAAGGAAACAGAUUUGCAGAAUUAUAAAACAAGGGAAUGCUGAUUGUUUUCUAAUCCAGGAGUCCAAAGUUAAAAUUGUGGAUAGGGGCUUGAUAAACAUCUUAUGGGGGCAGGAGUCGGUUGGGUGGUCUUUUACUGGAUCAGAUGGCAAAUCAGGCGGGUUGAUUACCCUGUGGAAGGAAAGUUGCUGUGAGGUUAUUCUGAGCUUCAAUGGUGUAGGGUUUUUGGGCACUAAGUUGAGAUGGAGGGGAAAUCUGUAUUAUGUGGUCAACAUCUAUUCUCCGUGCGACCUAGCCUCUAAGAGGGCUUUGUGGAAGACUCUGAUGGAUCUCAAAUUGAAGUUUUCUGACGGAGAAUGGUGCAUUGCCGGAGAUUUUAACUCAGUGGUGAGCAAGAAGGAGAGGAUGGGCAGAGCUUUGGUGGUUAAAAAGGCGGAGAUGAGGGAUUUCGCUAGGUUCAUCGGGGAGAUAGGUCUUGUGGACGUUCCUUUUAAAGGGAAAUUAUUUUCUUGGUUCAGCGGCGAUGGAAGAUGCAUGAGUAGACUAGACCGGUUUCUGUUGGAGGAUUCUAUUGUAGACAGAUGGGGAGUGGUGGGCCAGAUGAUCGGUAGUAGAGAUAUUUCUGAUCACUGUCCUAUUUGGAUCAUUUCGGACAAAGCGGACUGGGGGCCAAAACCUUUCAAGAUUGUGAACGCUUGGUUCGAUAAUAAAGAGUUUUUACCGUUUGUGGAGAAGGAAUGGUUGAGUCUGAAGGUUUCAGGAAGGGCUGAUUUCGUUUUGAAAGAAAAAUUCAGGUUAUUGAAGGUGGCUUUGAGGAGAUGGAUUACGGAGGUUUUUGGCAAGAUAGAUCUAGAGAUUGAAGGGGACAGGUUUGAGAUCAACGAAGCUGACAGUUUGUUGGGGAGAUGUGCGGAUAAUGAGAUUUAA